AUGUCGGAGCAGGUGACCCAAUGCAAACAUUGCAUUGUGCCUAAGUAUUACCAGCACAUAACAGCCUUGGCUUUUGCAGUAAAGGAGAUCAAUGAAAACCAUCAUAUCUUACCCAAUCUCACGUUGGGAUUCAACAUCUAUGACAGCCAUAACAAUGCAAAGAAAACAUAUCAUGCCACAAUGCUGCUUCUAUCAACUCUGGAAAGAUUUAUCCCUAACUACGUAUGUGACAACCAGAAAAAUCUAAUAGCUGUCAUUGGGGGGCUGGAUGCCCAAAUUUCCAUUAAUGUGGCAAGCCUCUUGAAUAACUUUAAGGUUCCACAGCUCAUAUAUGGCUCUGUGCCAUUGAUGGAUUCUAAAUCCAGUGGACGUUCUUUCUACCAGAUGGUUCCCCAGGAAUCCCUUCAGUACACAGGGAUUCUUUCUUUGUUUCUGCAUUUCAGGUGGACAUGGAUUGGCAUCCUUGUAAUGGAUAAUGAAAAUGGUGAAAGAUUUCUGCAAACGUUGUUGCCAAUGUUUUCCCAGAAAGGUGUCUGCUCUGCCUUCAUAAGCAGAGUGCCUACAUUAACUACUGACUCCCAAAUUCAUGAAAUACUAGACGAUGGGACAAAAAUAUAUACUGAAGUAAUGAAUAGCAAAGCGAAUGUUGUCCUGUUUUAUGGAGAAUCUAAAUCCAUGGUGUUUUUGAGAUGGAUUCCAUAUUUUGCAGAAUAUCCACCAAAUCUACCCAGAAGUAUAGUAUGGAUAACGACAGCCCAAAUGGAACUCGCUUCACAAUUUUAUCAAAGGGACUGGGAAACAGAAAUAUUUCAUGGUGUCCUCUCCUUCACAGUUCACUCCAAUGAUGUACCAGAUUUCAAAUCAUUUGUUGAGAAACGAAAUCCUUCCCAUGCAAAAGGAGAUGGUUUUAUCACAGGAUUCUGGCAACAAGCCUUUGGCUGUGAAUUCCCAAAUCCAGAUGUGGGAGAUGUGAAAGGGGAUAUUUGCACUGAGAAUGAGAAAUUGGAGUGCCUUUCAGCGCCAUUUUUUGAAAUGAGCAUGUCAGGACACAGCUACAACAUAUACAAUGCUGUCUAUGCUGUUGCCUAUGCUUUACAUGGUAUGUUCUCGUCUAUAUUCAGACACAGAGGAAGGGAAGGUAAAGUGGGAGUGAAGCAUCAGAAUAAACAAUUGUGGCAGUUGCAGCCUGUUUCUUUAUGUAAUGAGAGGUGCCAUCCUGGCUUUAGGAAGAAAGUGAAGGACGGGGAACCAUUUUGCUGCUAUGAUUGCAUCCCAUGUCCUGAAGGGAAGAUCUCAGGCCAAGAGGCUCUGGUGCUGUGGACAUUUAUGAAGCACCAUGACACACCUAUUAUCAAGGCAAACAAUCGGGACCUCACCUACACUCUCCUCAUUGCCCUUCUGUUCUGCUUCCUUUGUGCACUGCUAUUCAUUGGACAGCCAGAGAGGGUGAGAUGUCUCCUCCGACAAAUUGCUUUUGGCAUCAUCUUCUCAGUAGCUGUUUCUUGUAUACUGGCAAAAACUAUCACAGUUGUUCUGGCUUUUAUGGCCACCAAACCUGGAUCCAGGAUGCGGAAGUGGGUAGGGAAGAGAAUGACCACGUUCAUUGUGGCUUCCUGCUCCCUUACUCAAGCUGCUGUCUGUACUGUGUGGCUGGGAUUCUCACCCCCAUUCCCAGAUGUUGAUAUGCACUCAAUGGCUAAGGAAAUUGUUCUAGAAUGUAAUGAGGGAUCUGUGACUAUGUUUUACUGUGUCCUGGGCUACAUGGGCUUCUUGGCUCUUGUCAGCUUCACUGUGGCUUUCCUUGCCAGGAAGUUACCUGACAGUUUCAACGAAGCCAAGUUCAUCACUUUCAGCAUGCUGGUCUUUUGCAGUGUUUGGGUAUCUUUUGUUCCAACCUACCUCAGUACCAAGGGAAAAUACAUGGUCGCUGUGGAAAUCUUUUCUAUCUUAGCCUCCGGUGCUGGUCUGCUGGGUUGCAUCUUUGCCCCAAAAUGCUACAUAAUUGUGCUGCGGCCUGAGCUGAACAACAGGGAACAUCUAAUAAGAAAUAAGGCUUGA